AUGUUGUGGUGUUGGUGGAGGUUAGGAAGGACUAGUAACAGGGAUGCUGUAGUGUUAGUGGAGGUUAGGACUAGUAACAGGGAUGUUGUAGUGUUGGAGGUUAGGACUAGUAACAGGGAUGUUGUAGUGUUAGUGGAGGUUAGGACUAGUAACAGGAAUGUUGUGGUGUUAGUAGAGGUUAGGACUAGUAACAGGGAUGUUGUGGUGUUGGAGGUUAGUACUAGUAACAGGGAUGUUGUAGUGUUAGUGGGGGUUAGGACUAGUAACAGGGAUGUUGUGGUGUUGGAGGUUAGGACUAGUAACGGGGAUGUUGUGGUGUUAGUGGAGGUUAGGACUAGUAACAGGGAUGUUGUGGUGUUAGUGGAGGUUAGGACUAGUAACAGGGAUGUUGUAGUUUUAGUGGAGGUUAGGACUAGUAACAGGGAUGUUGUGGAGGUUAGGACUAGUAACAGGGAUGUUGUAGUAUUAGUGGAGGUUAGGACUAGUAACAGGGAUGUUGUGGUGUUAGUGGAGGUUAGGACUAGUAACAGGGAUGUUGUAGUGUUAGUGGAGGUUAGAACUAGUAACAGGGAUGUUGUGGUGUUAGUGGAGGUUAGGACUAGUAACAGGGAUGUUGUAGUGUUAGUGGAGGUUAGGACUAGUAACAGGGAUGUUGUGGAGGUUAGGACUAGUAACAGGGAUGUUGUGGUGUUAGUGGAGGUUAGGACUAGUAACAGGGAUGUUGUAGUGUUAGUGGAGGUUAGAACUAGUAACAGGGAUGUUGUGGUGUUAGUGGAGGUUAAGACUAGUAACAGGGAUGUUGUAGUGUUAGUGGAGGUUCGGACUAGUAACAGGGAUGUUGUGGAGGUUAGGACUAGUAACAGGGAUGUUGUAGUGUUAGUGGAGGUUAGGACUAGUAACAGGGAUGUUGUACUGUUGGAGGUUAUGACUAGUAACAGGGAUGUUGUGGUGUUAGUGGAGGUUAAGACUAGUAACAGGGAUGUUGUAGUGUUAGUGGAGGUUCGGACUAGUAACUGGGAUGUUGUAGUGUUAGUGGAGGUUAGGACUAGUAACAGGGAUGUUGUGGUGUUAGUGGAGGUUAGGACUAGUAACAGGGAUGUUGUAGUGUUAGUGGAGGUUAGAACUAGUAACAGGGAUGUUGUAGUGUUAGUGGAGGUUAGGACUAGUAACAGGGAUGUUGUGGUGUUAGUGGAGGUUAGGACCAGUAACAGGGAUGUUGUAGUGUUAGUGGAGGUUAGAACUAGUAACAGGGAUGUUGUGGUGUUAGUGGAGGUUAAGACUAGUAACAGGGAUGUUGUAGUGUUAGUGGAGGUUCGGACUAGUAACAGGGAUGUUGUGGAGGUUAGGACUAGUAACAGGGAUGUUGUAGUGUUAGUGGAGGUUAGGACUAGUAACAGGGAUGUUGUACUGUUGGAGGUUAUGACUAGUAACAGGGAUGUUGUGGUGUUAGUGGAGGUUAAGACUAGUAACAGGGAUGUUGUAGUGUUAGUGGAGGUUCGGACUAGUAACUGGGAUGUUGUAGUGUUAGUGGAGGUUAGGACUAGUAACAGGGAUGUUGUGGUGUUAGUGGAGGUUAGGACUAGUAACAGGGAUGUUGUAGUGUUAGUGGAGGUUAGAACUAGUAACAGGGAUGUUGUAGUGUUAGUGGAGGUUAGGACUAGUAACAGGGAUGUUGUAGUGUUAGUGGAGGUUAGGACUAGUAACAGGGAUGUUGUAGUGUUAGUGGAGGUUAGGACUAGUAACAGGGAUGUUGUGGUGUUGGAGGUUAGGACUAGUAACAGGGAUGUUGUGGUGUUAGUGGAGGUUAGGACUAGUAACAGGGAUGUUGUAGUGUUAGUGGAGGUUAGGACUAGUAACAGGGAUGUUGUAGUGUUAGUGGAGGUUAGGACUAGUAACAGGGAUGUUGUGGUGUUAGUGGAGGUUAGGACUAGUAACAGGGAUGUUGUGGUGUUAGUGGAGGUUAGGACCAGUAACAGGGAUGUUGUAGUGUUAGUGGAGGUUAGGACUAGUAACAGGGAUGUUGUGGUGUUAGUGGAGGUUAGGACUAGUAACAGGGAUGUUGUGGUGUUGGAGGUUAGGACUAGUAACAGGGAUGUUGUGGUGUUAGUGGAGGUUAGGACCAGUAACAGUGAUGUUGUGGUGUUAGUGGAGGUUAGGACUAGUAACAGGGAUGUUGUAGUAUUAGUGGAGGUUAGGACUAGUAACAGGGAUGUUGUAGUGUUAGUAGAGGUUAGGACUAGUAACAGGGAUGUUGUGGUGUUAGUGGAGGUUAGGACUAGUAACAGGGAUGUUGUAGUAUUAGUGGAGGUUAGGACUAGUAACAGGGAUGUUGUGGUGUUAGUGGAGGUUAGGACCAGUAACAGUGAUGUUGUGGUGUUAGUGGAGGUUAGGACUAGUAACAGGGAUGUUGUAGUAUUAGUGGAGGUUAGGACUAGUAACAGGGAUGUUGUAGUGUUGGUGGAGGUUAGGACUAGUAACAGGGAUGUUAUAGUUUUAGUGGAGGUUAGGACUAGUAACAGGGAUGUUGUAGUGUUAGUGGAGGUUAGGACUAGUAAAAGGGAUGUUGUAGUGUUAGUGGAGGUUAGGACUAGUAACAGGGAUGAUGUGGAGGUUAGGACUAGUAACAGGGAUGUUGUGGUGUUGGAGGUUAGGACUAGUAACAGGGAUGUUGUAGUAUUAGUGGAGGUUAGGACUAGUAACAGGGAUGUUGUGGUGUUAGUGGAGGUUAGGACCAGUAACAGUGAUGUUGUGGUGUUAGUGGAGGUUAGGACUAGUAACAGGGAUGUUGUAGUAUUAGUGGAGGUUAGGACUAGUAACAGGGAUGUUGUAGUGUUGGUGGAGGUUAGGACUAGUAACAGGGAUGUUAUAGUUUUAGUGGAGGUUAGGACUAGUAACAGGGAUGUUGUAGUGUUAGUGGAGGUUAGGACUAGUAACAGGGAUGUUGUAGUGUUAGUGGAGGUUAGGACUAGUAACAGGGAUGAUGUGGAGGUUAGGACUAGUAACAGGGAUGUUGUGGUGUUGGAGGUUAGUACUAGUAAUAGGGAUGUUGUAGUGUUAGUGGGGGUUAGGACUAGUAACAGGGAUGUUGUGGUGUUGGAGGUUAGGACUAGUAACGGGGAUGUUGUGGUGUUAGUGGAGGUUAGGACUAGUAACAGGGAUGUUGUGGUGUUAGUGGAGGUUAGGACCAGUAACAGGGAUGUUGUGGUGUUGGUGGAGGUUAGGACUAGUAACAGGGAUGUUGUAGUUUUAGUGGAGGUUAGGACUAGUAACAGGGAUGUUGUGGUGUUAGUGGAGGUUAAGACUAGUAACAGGGAUGUUGUGGUGUUAGUGGAGGUUAGGACUAGUAACAGGAAUGUUGUGGUGUUAGUAGAGGUUAGGACUAGUAACAGGGAUGUUGUGGUGUUAGUGGAGGUUAGGACUAGUAACAGGGAUGUUGUAGUGUUAGUGGAGGUUAGGACUAGUAACAGGGAUGUUGUGGUGUUAGUAGAGGUUAGAACUAGUAACAGGGAUGUGUUAGUGGAGGUUAGGACUAGUAACAGGGAUGUUGUAGUGUUAGUGGAGGUUAGGACUAGUAACAGGGAUGUUGUAGUGUUAGUGGAGGUUAGGACUAGUAACAGGGAUGUUGUAGUGUUAGUGGAGGUUAGGACUAGUAACAGGGAUGUUGUGGUGUUAGUGGAGGUUAGGACUAGUAACAGGGAUGUUGUGGUGUUAGUGGAGGUUAGGACUAGUAACAGGGAUGUUGUAGUGUUAGUGGAGGUUAGGACUAGUUACAGGGAUGGUGAGCCAUGGUGGUGUUGAUGUUGUCUCUAUGGAAGUGCUGCCCUGGAAGUGCAAGGUAGUCAUCCAGUGUUGUAGACCCAGCCGUGCAUUUCUCUCUCUGUCAUUUUCUGUCUCUUUCUGUCUCUCUUUCUGUCGCUCUCUUUCUCUCUCUCUCCCUCCAUCUCUCCCUCUGUGUCUUAGUGGUUACAUCACUCGCCCUCUCUCUCUCUCUCUCUCUCUCUCUCUCUCUCUCUCUCUCUCUCUCUCUCUCUCUCUCUCUCUCUCUCUCUUUCUCUUGCAUAACCGCCAGCUUUAUUUGCUCCAGCUGAGGACUAAUCUCUCCCGUGAGACAGACGGAAGGAACAAGGGAGAGGAGGAGAGCAGGACAAGCCAACCUUUCUAACCUGACUGGACGCUGCUUCGUUAAUUCAAUCAGUCCACCAAUUAAGUGGCUUUCGAGCAGAGCCCUGUUUACAACCACCGUGACCUGUGUGUUUAUGUAGCAGUGUUUUUAAUCUUUAAAACCCCACAAUCUUCUCCAACUGUAGCUGAGUUGACGUGUGGUUUCCCCUCGUGUGUCUGUGUGUGUGGAGAGCAGGCGCAUGGUACUCCCCAUGGUAGCCCAGUCAUACUGGAGGAUAAACAGUGAUUAUCUGGGCUGCCUGGAGAGAGACACAUGCUUAUGUACCACUUUCAGACAUACAUGUGAGGGACACCGUAGCCAAGACAACGCUCUAGCUACAGUCAGAGGAGAAUAACACAUAAACAAAGACUGACACGCAGAAUCACGUUCAGUCAAGCUUGAAUUGUCAUGCCUCAUACACGCGUACACACAGAUACACACACACACAAUGCUGCCUGCAGCGAGGCGAGUGAGGCGUCUGUGAGGUAAGAAAGAUCAAAGCUACUUAAUCAGCUUUAGCAGACACACUUAGAGAGAGAGAUGUGGGAAAGCGGGAAAAGAAAGAAUGGGGAGAGAGAGGGAUAGCAGAGAACAGAGGGUAGAGGAAAGUGGUGACAGGCUGUGACACUGCGCGUGUCCUCGUUCCCUGUUUAAGAUGGGAUAAACACACACACACACACACACACACACACACACACACACACACACACACACACACACACACACACACACACACACACACACACACACACACACACACACACACACACACGCUGUGCUCUGCCCUCCGUGUCCCCCUCACAGCCCACUGUGACAUGCUGUUGCCAAUGCCACGAUACUGUGUGUGUGUUGUCUUUGUCUUUUCUUUUCCUAUAUGCCUAUUCCAUAUCUCUUUCUCUCCCCCUCCCUCUCUUUGUAAACCCUUUCUUUGCUUACCCUUUACCUCCUCCCUCUCUCGCCCACUACGUCUCUCUUACAGGAAUUGUUAGCAGAUGUGGACAGAGCUUUUUCCUUCAUCUAAAAUUAGCCCUAAUAGAAGAAUGGCAGGAAAAGAGGGAGGGAGGGAAAGGGGGAUUGAUGGAGAAGCAGAAAGAAAUGGGGAAGGAAUAGGUUGAUGGUCUCGGUGAAGUAAGGGUGUAUUUUUGGGACCUCGCACACCAUGCUGACGCAGUCAAGCCGUCGGAGGCACAAACAAAGUUGGCGGAGAGGAACAGCGUCCCGGCGUCUGAGUAGCAUGUGAUGCUAACCUGUCCUGCUGUUGUUGAAAAGGCCUGGAUUAGGAUUAGUUGUAAGUGAAUAAUGAUGAGGAGUUGGGACUAUAGAAAGCUCUUCAUCUACCUCAGCAGUUACAUAAUUAGGGCUCUUCAAAAUCAGUUAUAUUUUUGAUCUGAACGGUUUAGGUUUUCCCCAAAUCCCGUUUUCUCCAUUUACCUUUUCCAGGUUUCUGUUUUUCCCAACUUUUUUCAGGUUUUCACUCUCUAAAGUCAACAACAAUACUUAAAGCACAUCAGCAGACCACUUUUGAGGUCUGUGGAUUUUGUUGUUGUUGAAAUGUAGAUUUCAUUAGCAUCAUCGCUAACAGCUACACAGUGGUAGACGUACCCCACAUACAGACAGGGGGAAUUAUUGUUGCCUCUUCAGAAAGUUGCAGGAAAAUACACAUCACUGAGGAAUUCUGUAUGCUAGUCAAUACAAUUCAAUCAAUACAUUUUUAUAUAAAUGUUUUUGAAUUCCAUUUUAUUGUCUGGAUGUUCUAGGGCCCGACAUAAUUCACUCAGCCUCUCGUUGGCACCAGUGACACUGAUGUGUUGUGUGUCUGUCUCUGUGAGCACGUGUGUGUAAUGAGGACAGAGAAGUCCUGUCCUGUAUAGUGUAAACAGGUGAGUGAGAGACGCCUGCAGUGGAUUCCCCAGUACAGUACAGACCAGACAGACAGGCAGCACCACUCAACACACUGGCUGCAUCGCCUACAUGGUGAGACACAUUGAUCAAACACCAUACUGAGGCCGUUAAUGAAUGAGAGUAUCACAUCACCUUAAACAAUCAACUGAAGAGUUGCAUUGUUUCAUUACUUUGUAAUUGGGUAAUUUAGUUAACUAAAAUCAACACCACAACUCUAACCAGUCCCUUAACAGUAGAAGUGAACAUGAGAAGUGUGAUAGAGUCUGACCGAGAGAGCAGUUGAGGUGGGGAGGACAGUAGAGCA